AUGCUUUUGCAAAAGUACUCAUGUUUGCAAAAAGAGCAAGAGAUUGGGGACCUUGCAGCCUUCCCAAACCUUAACCUUUCUGAGUCUCUUCUCUCCCAAAAAGUUUCUGAUCUCAACGUAGUCUUGGCCUUCUUCAUUGACAAUGUUAACAUUGAUAGGGAAGUGCGCAUACACAAAUCUCAUUUUGUACUUGAAUCCGACAGUGACACCCUUCACCAAGUUAGAGAUCAACGACUUCACAGUUCUGAGAGAAGCAACGUGCUUUCUGUCACCGUUGUGGACGCUAAUCUUAAUCUGGGAGCUAGAGAGCUUGGUAAAAGUCACAUCAAUGUGACCGAGAUCUUUCUUCAACUCUCCGCGAGGACCCUUCACAAGGACCUUACGGGAUUUGAUGAUGACCUGGACGUUUUCUGGGAUAUCAAGAAUUUCAGAGGAUUGGAUGUACUUCAUGGCGAUAUAAUUAAAACUUGUGAAAAAUUUUCAGGUAUUUGGCUUUUUUUCAAGUCGGACAGUUUUUCAAAGUUACCCUCCUCGAGGACGAAAAAAAUCGUUUUCGAGCUUUUCUUAACCAGCAUGUUCCAAGCACUACAACAACAGGCCAGACGGUUCCAUACCUCGCGUAUGGCUCUGGCUCUGAGCAAGCAAAAGCGGAAGGAGCUUGCAUCGCAUAAGAAGAAGCAGAAUUUGGUCCUCCAGGCCGGAAAACUGCUCAACAAGGAGAAAGUCGAUCCUGUGCUUGGAAGACCUAAUAAUCCAUUCAUUCAAAGACUGAGAAUGGAAAUCGAAGAGCCAACCGUGUUGGCCAAGAGAUUUGAUCUCGCUGAGGUGGACAAGCUUUUGUUUGGAGCCAAGGAGUCUAAGAUUCUAAAAUCUGUGUCGACAUUGGGUUACGAUGAGAACACCGUGAAGCAGAUCGAGCAGGAGGAAUCAGAGAAACGUGAGAUUUUGCUGCGAAUACUCAGUCUCAGAAACGCAGACCAAGCUGAGAAAAACAAGCGGAUCCAGAUGUUGGCAAUCGCCGAGUUUGCCAGAUUUGAAGGAGACACCGGUUCUUCGGAAGUGCAAGCUGCUUCGUUGACCGUGGAACUGUACAACUUGAUGAAUCACAUCAAACAGAACCCACAAGACAAGGUUACUGUUCGUGAUGCCCGGCUUUUGACCCAAAAAAGACAGAAGCUGCUCAGAUACCUGAAAAGAGACCAACCACAAAGAUAUUAUUGGACUAUUGAAAAGCUCGGUCUGACCGACGAAGUUGUUCAAAUGGAAUUCAACUUCGACAAGAAGUACAUGCAAGACUUUGAGAUCUGGCCAGGUAGACAGUUGGUGCGUCCUGGUAAGCGCGAGAACAUAGAAAAACUCAGACUCAAGAGAUUGCUCACCAAAGAAAGACUUGCUGAGCUCAAGAAACGGGAGUCUGUUAAAGCCGACGAUCUGACACGCGAAGAAAUUAACUCUGUAGCAGGGUAUCCGACAACCACCACAGCAACACCUCUCUCAUACAUCAUUCUGCUGAAGGCUGGCAUUUUUGGUGGAGCAUAUAAUAAUAACGGGAUCACAGGCGAAUCAUCAACACCAUACACAAUGAAUCCAAGCCGUUUCAAUCCCAAACGCAGGUAUCUCGAAUUGAACGCAAUUCUUUGCAAUCUUUCCUUUCCUUCAUCGCCGUUAAGUUCACCGAUCAGAACCCGCAAUGAAGUAUUAAUUUGA